CUCUACCAGCCAUGACAUGAUUUACAGGUAGCAGGAAAAGAAGAGAAACUUUGAAGAACGUGUGAAUUAAAUCAAGUCUCUCAGAGUUGAAGUGAUUGGAUGGGGUCAAAGUUCACCUGGUGACAUCAUAAUGUAGAGCUGUGUAUCGUUUAGUCCUGGUAAGUAAUCUGAUUACUUUGUUGUAGCCUGACCUAGCAGGAACACAGAUGUUAGAUAGGAUUGAACCUUGUGGUAGAACACAGGUGACUUCUGUCCUUUCCAAUGAGAAGUUACCUGUUGAAAUCCCUGUUCUGUAGUCAGACUGGAACCAGUCCAGUACUUGGUGAUUUCUACUGGUUCAUGUUUUCWUGUUUUGUUUUUGSCAGAAGCUUCUUGUUUCUGUUUGAAAGACCGAGACGUUUGAUGUCACAAUUCCAGACAAAACCUUUAAGAGACGUUUAGUUUCUGAGGUUGAGCUGGAAUCAGGUUCCUCUGAUCCUCUGAACUCAUGAUGGGAAGCAGCUUUCUGCUUCACAGGACACUUACUGGACCUGGAUCACUGGUCUGACUGGUUUUGGCUUCUUUCUCAGGCUGACUGAAAUCCAGAAGAUGGAAGAUCUGGAUCUAAAGAAGGUCAGAGCAGAACCUCCAGGACCCAUUAAUCCGUCUAUGAGGAGUGACGAGUCCAUAGAUCAACCUCCAAAUAUCAAUACUGAAUCUGGACCCUCAGACAGAAAAGGUCAUAACCACAGAGGGAGAGCAGAACCUCCAGGAUCCAGCUGUCCCUCCAUGAGGAGUGACCGGUCCAAAGGACACAAUCCAGACUUCAGUACUGAACCUGGACCAUCAGAAACAGAAGUGAACUCCAGCUCUCACCUGAUUACUGCUGAACAUCAGCACCAGUCCCUCCAUGACCCUGCGGAGAUAAGAAGUGAUAGGCGAUGGAUGAAUGGAUGGAGGGAAGAUCUUCCUGGAUGGAGGGAGAGAAGCAGCUGUGCUCCAGAAGAUGUUGGUCUGCAGGACGUCCUACAAGAACAUAAGAUCAGUCUGAGGACGAGAUGUGAAUGUGUUACUGAAGGAAGUUAUGAAACAGAAAGUAGAACGCUCCUCAACUGGAUUUACACUGAUCUCUUCAUCACAGAGGGACAGAGUGAAGAUGUUAACACCCAGCAUGAGGUGAAGCAGCUGGAGAGAGCUUCUAAGAUCCAGAACCUCCAUGACUCUCCAAUAAGGUGCCAUGACAUAUUUAAAUCCUUCCCUGACCAACAUGGAAUCAUCAGAGUGGUUCUGACCAGCGGUGUCGCUGGUGUUGGAAAAACAUUCUCUGUGCAGAAGUUCACUCUGGACUGGGCCGAGGGCUUGGAGAACCAAGAUGUCAGUGUGGUGGUUCUGCUUUCGUUCAGGGAGCUGAACUUGAUCAGAAAUGAGCAGCACAGUCUUCUCUCUCUGCUCCAUGUUUUCCAUCCAACACUCCAGAAGCUCCCAGCAGAGCAGCUGGUUAAAUGUAAACUGCUCUUCAUUUUUGAUGGUCUGGAUGAAAUCAGACUUUCACUGGACUUCAACAACAGUCAGCUCGUUUCUGACAUCACACAGAAGUCAUCAGUCAAUGUUCUACUGACAAACCUCAUCAAGGGGAACCUGCUUCCCUCAGCUCUCAUCUGGAUAACUACCAGACCUGCAGCAGCCAAUCAGAUCCCUCCUUCAUGUAUUUCCAGGGUAACAGAAGUACAAGGCUUCAGUGACGCCCAGAAGGAGGAGUACUUCAGGAAGAGGUUCAGUGAUGAAGAGCAAUCCAGCAGAAUCAUCUCCCACAUCAAGAAAUCAAAAACUCUCCACAUCAUGUGUGGAAUCCCAGUCUUCUGCUGGAUCACUGCUACAGUUCUGGAGAACAUGUUGACCUCAGAGCAGAGAGGAGAGCUGCCCAAGACCAUGACUGASAUGUACUCACACUUYCUGCUGGUCCAGACRAAGAGGAAGAAGAACAAGUACCAUGGAGGACAUGAGACAAGUUCACAGGAUCUCAUGGGGGCUGACAGGGAAGUUCUUCUGCAGCUGGGGAGGCUGGCGUUUUCACAUCUGGAGAAAGGAAACAUCAUGUUCUACCAAGAAGACCUGGAGCAGUGUGGUCUGGAUGUCACGGAGGCCUCAGUGUACUCAGGAGUUUGUACAGAGAUCUUGAAAAGAGAGAGUGUGAUCUUCCAGAAAUCAGUCUACUGCUUUGUUCAUCUGAGCAUCCAGGAGUUUCUGGCUGCAGUCUACCUGCUCCACUGUUUCAACAGCAGGAGGUCAGAGGUGAUCAUGACGUUCCCGGGAGAAGAAGAAGAAGAUGAGGACAGUGAGGUGAUCAAGAUGUUCCUGGGAGAAGAAGAAGAAGAUGAUGAGUACAGUGAGGUGAUCGAGAUGUUCCUUGGAGAAUACGUUGAAACAUCUCUAGAUGAGUUCAUGAACAAAGUCAUGUAUAAAUCCCUCAGCAGUGAAAAUGGCCACCUGGACCUGUUUGUCCGCUUCCUUCAUGGUCUCACUGUGGAGUCCAACCAGAGACUCUUAGAAGAUCUAUUGGGUCAGACAGAGAACAGUCCAGAAACCAUCCAGAGAAUCAUCACCAACCUGAAGGAGAUGAACACUGAUAGAAUCUCUCCUGACAGAAGCAUCAACAUCUUCUACUGUCUGGUGGAGAUGAACGACGUCUCAUUUUAUCAGGACAUCCAACGGCUGCUGGAUUCAGGGACGGAGCUCUCAAUGGCUGACUGUUCAGCUCUGGCCUUCAUGCUGCAGAUGUCAGAGGUUCUGGAUGAGUUGGACCUGAAGAAGUACAACACAUCAAGGGAUGGACGACAGAGACUGGUUCCAGCUGUGAGGAACUGCAGAAAGGCUCGGUGAGUCCAGAUGUUUUCAUUGUGUGAAUGCUGAUUCAGCACUAUUGUCCUCCUGUUUCUUCUUCUUUCUUCAAGUUGAUUCUGGAUGUUUUUGGCCUUUAACUACUUCCUUCAUCCUCUGGAUAAUUUCAGC